AAUACUAAGAAUAUUAUCAUAUCUGAUUCUGACAAUGAUAAUUCUGAUUCAAAAGAAACCAUUCAAAUGACACCAAGAAAGAAAUGGAUAGGUCCUGACUAUAAAUUGAAUCUGAAGCCUUUAGGUAUGGAUAAACAAUUAAUUUCUUGGAUUCAAUCAAUAAAAGAACAGCCAAUUAUGUCAUCUUUGCCUAGAACAGAAAAUGAUUUAGAAGAUAGACGUCAAAAUCUGCAAGAUCUUCAAAUAGAAAUUCUAGAAAAAUUUUGUGUGUCUAUGAACCAAAUUCCAAUACCUGUAUUAGAAAAAUUUCCGAAAUUUAAUGCAGAGGCAUUUAAUAAAUUAACAAUAUUAAAUCAGCAUGUUAAAGCAAAAUUACGUUUGAUAAAUAAAAAACUGGAAAAUAUACAAAAAAUAGAGAAAGAAUUAAAAUCUACAAUUGAUAAUCAACUCAUAAAUGAAGCAGAAUGUCAUAGUCCUGUUUUUAAGAAACACAACAUACUCAAAAGUAGUUCAAACUUGAACAAUUCAAAGGAUAGUAUUAACCUCAGUCUUAACUCUUUUAGCAAAGAAAUAAUAGGUCCUAACGAAACGUCAGAUGCAUUAUCAUCAAGCAUUACUAGACCUUCUUUAAAUCCAUGGCAAACAGAUGAUACUGAAAAAGUAAAUAUGAAAACCUCUGCCAAUAAUAACUCGUCUGUAGUAAGUACAAGUACUGCAACAGCUACAACGAAAAAAAGUACUUUCCAAUUAAAAAGACCAGUCAGAGCUACAGUAUGCACAGAAGUUACAAAGAAAAUAGGCGAGUUAUGGGAGAAAGAACAGCAACAAUCAAAACUAUUAAAAAUAAAAUCUGAUUCUGAAUGUGAUGUAAGUAAUGUUAGCUUUAAAUCAGAGCAAAAUGAACUUGCAUAUCAAAAUAAAAAUUUUGAUUGUAAUAACUUUAAAGCAAAAGAAUUUCAAAAAGAUGUACAAUCUACAUUUAAUCAAAAAAAUGAUUGGAUUAAUAAUAGUGAAAAUUUUGAAGAUGAGUUAAUAACAAAUGAGAACAGAAGUAUUAUUGAAACAUUUAAACAAGAGCAUAAGAUUUCUGUAUCUUUAAGUGAUAGUUCUAAUUUAGAUUUAAGUAUGAAAGAAGUGAGUAGCCAAGAAAAAAAGAAGAAUACUACUACAAAUAAUAAAAUAGAUGUAAAUUUAAAUACAUCUGUUUCUGAAGGAAUCUUUACUGGAAAUUAUAAAAAUGAUGGUAUUAGCGGAGAAUUCGAUGGUUUAAAUUAUCCUCAUUCUCGUGAAAUGUUAAAAAUAUUUAGGCAGAAGUUUGGUCUAUAUUCUUUUAGGCCCAAUCAAUUGCAAGCAAUUAAUGCAGCACUUCUUGGAUUCGAUUGUUUUGUCUUGAUGCCUACAGGUGGAGGAAAAUCACUUUGUUAUCAAAUGCCAGCUCUUCUUGUACCAGGAAUUACAAUUGUUAUUUCUCCUUUAAAAAGUCUUAUUCUUGAUCAAGUUCAGAAAUUGACUUCACUUGACAUUCCUGCAGCACACAUGUCUGGCAAUUUAACUGAAACUCAAUCAGCUGGAAUAUAUAGAGAAUUAUCAAAGAAAGAUCCAGGCUUAAAAUUAUUAUAUGUAACACCUGAAAAAAUAUCUGCUUCCCAAAAAUUCAGUAGUAUUUUAACAACUCUAUUUCAAAGAAAUUUGUUAGCACGAUUUGUUAUCGAUGAAGCACAUUGUGUAAGUCAGUGGGGCCAUGAUUUCAGACCAGAUUAUAAGAAAUUAAAAUGUCUCCGAGAAAAUUAUCCUACAGUGUCAACAAUUGCUUUAACAGCUACAGCUACUCCAAGAGUUAGAACAGAUAUAUUGUAUCAAUUGGGUAUGACGAAACCAAAAUGGUUUAUGUCAAGUUUCAACAGACCGAAUUUGCGAUAUAGUAUAAUUGCAAAGAAAGGCAAAAAUUGUUCUGAUGAAGUUAUAGCUAUGAUAAAAACAAAAUUUAAAAAUCAAUGUGGUAUUGUUUACUGUUUAUCACGUAAAGAUUGUGAUAAUUACGCUCUACAAAUGAGAAAAAAUAAUAUUCGAGCUCAAAGUUAUCAUGCUGGAUUGACAGAUAAUCAAAGGAGUGAUAUUCAAGGACACUGGAUUUCAGAAGAAAUCAGGAUUGUUUGUGCAACUAUAGCAUUUGGUAUGGGUAUUGAUAAGCCUAAUGUACGCUUUGUAAUACAUGCUUCUCUACCAAAGUCUAUAGAAGGUUAUUAUCAAGAAAGUGGACGUGCUGGUCGUGACGGAGAAAAUGCCGAAUGUAUAUUAUUUUAUAAUUAUGCUGAUAUGCAUAGAAUUAGAAAAAUGAUUGAAAUGGAUAAUUCGAAUAGAGAUGUUAUAAAAACACAUAUGGAUAAUUUAUUCAAGAUGGUAUCCUUCUGUGAAAAUAAAACAGAUUGUCGCAGAGCAUUACAACUUAACUAUUUCGGUGAAAUUUUUAAUCGGGAAAAAUGUAUUGCAAAUAAAUCAACUGCAUGCGAUAAUUGUAGGUGUAAGGCGGAGUACACUAUGUUGGAUGCAACAAAUCAUGCACGGCAAAUUAUGAAAGCAGUACGAGAAAUUAAUCAGAAAAAAAAUUCUAAAUUAACUCUAGUAUUUCUUACGGAUAUUUUUAAGGGAAGUGAUUUAAAAAAAAUUAGAGAAUCAGGUCUUACGAAUCAUCCAUUGUAUGGUCAAGGUAAAUCGUGGAGCAGAGGUGACAUAGAACGUCUUUUACAUGAAAUGGUACUUAAAGAAUAUUUAAGAGAGGAAAUGUAUAUAAAUAAUGAAAUCGCGUGUGCAUAUUUAAAACUUGGUCACAAAGCGACAGAAUUAAUGACCGAAAAAGACACAAAGGUGAUUAUUCCGAUACGUGCUGCAAAUAGCAGUUCAAAUGCAAUAGCAACUGUUUCUACAGUUACAACUAAAGUUAACAAAGUUUUACAAGAAUUGCAAGAUCGUUGCUAUUCAGAAUUAAUAGGAAUUAUUAGAGGAAUAGCGGGUGCACUUGAUGUAUCUGCAUCGUCAAUUAUGAAUAUGAUAGCUAUCAGAGCAAUGAGUCAGCAGUUACCUGAUAGUGAAGAAGCCAUGUUAAAGAUUCCCCAUGUCACAAAGGCGAAUUUUGAUAAAUAUGGCAAAGCUUUAUUAGAUAUUACGCAAAAAUAUGCAGCAGAAAAAUAUGUUUUAUUGAAUGAAGCUGAUGAGAAUUCAGUUGAUAGUACUGAUGAGGAUGCAAGUUCAUGGAAUACUGCCACAAAUUCCUCUUAUUCUGAAAGUACAAGAGGUAAAUAUGGAAGUACAGGAGGAAGAAAACGUAAAGGCUAUAAUAAUUAUCGUUCUAGCACCAAAAAAGCUAAAUAUACAAAUUCAAGCGUGCAAAAAGGAAAAGCAGCUCCGAAACGUAAAACUACUGCAACAAAGUGUACUGUCGGACUUGUAAGUUUUUCAAAGAAGAAAUAAUAUCUCAUUGUUAAUGACACAGAACAGUGAUAUUAUUAUUUUUAUAAAUUAUGUAUUUAAUUAUUUGUAUUAACUUUUGUAUUCGUAAGACAUUGAAUGACUAUUUUGUAUUAAUAUUAUGAUACAGUGUAUCAGUGAAUCUUUGAAAUUGGCGUUUUAGCCAUAUUAUAUAUAUUUCAAUGAAAAUUGUUUAACUGUGUAGAUACUCAAUAAAAUUUUUUAGCGGAUUAAGUUAUCUGCUAUCGUGAAUGUGUUUUUGUAAAGAAUCUACAAAAUUAUGAUAUUUUAGUGAUAGUAUAAUUAUAGUCACUCUCAUCAUGUAAAUGAUGAAUAUCAUGGCAUCUGCAAUUUUAUUGGCUACUGACUUUACUCACGAUAUGUGAAUACGUCAUUUUACAUUUGCAUAAUUAUUAAUUUUGAUGUGGUGUGUGUAUGUUACAUUAAAUUGAUGGUAUGUAUCAAUAAUUUUUAUAUAAUAAAAUGAAUAUAAUAUAAUAUAAUCUAUAAUUAUUUCAAGUAGGAAAUGAAAAUGA